AUGCCUACUUUUGGAAUCAUAUAUAAAACAACCAUUAGUAGAUCAACUGCGUGCAGAUGGCUAAAAUUACUUGGAUGGAAAUACCAAACUCAUUCAAAAAAAAUCUAUUUUGACGGUCACGAACCCUCAUACGAAGGUGUAGAAUUAAACUGUAUCUCACCAGAACUUUAUCCCAAAAUAGUUCCUGUCACCCAAAACGAAACCACUCUUUAUUCAAAUGAUGGUGUGAAGAAGUAUUGGAGCCCAUGGAAUGAAUAUAGCCUACGGAAAAAAUCACUG